UAUCCCCUCCAUCCUUCGCUGACAACUUCACUUCGGAGUUGUUGUAUCCUGUUGAAAUUGUGGAGUCAUUGAAUUUUACGUGACGGUGAACAAGUUAAAAUUUUGUAAUCAAGAUACAGCGAUGGCUCUUUUAACAGAAAAUGCAAAAGGAGGUUUGCCUGAUUAUGAAGUACAGGGAGCAAGAAAAGUGAGCUUCAGUCCUUAUUCUGACAAUGGAGGGAGUGUAGUGGCUCUCGCAGGAGAUGAUUUCUGUGUUAUAGCUGCUGAUACACGUCUUAGUACAGGAUUUUCGAUUUACACUCGAGAACAGGACAAAUUAUUCUCUUUGUCAAACACCACCAUUUUAGGAUGCUCUGGUUGCUGGUGCGAUACUUUGACUUUAACUCGUCUCUUGUCCGCUCGUAUGCAGAUGUAUCAACAUGAACAUCAAAAAGAAAUGACAACUCCAGCAGCAGCACAGAUGCUCUCCAUAAUGCUGUAUCAUAAAAGAUUCUUUCCUUAUUACGUCAGUAAUAUACUUGCUGGAUUAGAUGAGAAUGGGAAGGGAUGCAUAUAUAGUUAUGAUCCAAUUGGACAUUGUGAAAAAACUACAUAUAGAGCCGGUGGUUCAGCAGGUGCACUUUUGCAACCACUUCUCGAUAAUCAGAUUGGAUACAAGAAUCAAGAAGGAAUUACUCCGGCAGUUUUGACUCAAGAAAAAGCUGUAUCAAUCUUGAAAGAUGUUUUCACUUCUGCAGCUGAGAGAGAUAUUUAUACAGGUGAUGGAAUAACUAUUAAAAUUAUUACCAAGGAUGGAAUUAAAGAUACUUAUUUUGCCUUGAGGAGAGAUUAAAUAGAAAAUAAAAAAAGCAUUUAUUUCUUAUGUAUAGCACAAAUAAAGUUAUUACAGUAUCUGUGAACA